CUACAAUGAACACUGGUAAUGGAUGGCCGAACGGUGGAACAAUGAACGGAAGCGGCUCAGGCGUCGUUCGCUCAAGUAGCAGCGCAGGAGAUCUAGGUUCCAGCCCCGUCGUCAGGGCAACCGAAGGGUGGCUCGAGCUGUUUUUGACUCCCCCCGAAAAAUACUUCUUCAGUCGAUGGGAAGAAAUCAUUCGGGAUCGGUCCCUAGUUCACAACAACACACGAUGGAUAUUUCAGUAUUUGGCAACCUUUCUUCCAGACAACCUGGCUCCCAAUGUCAUUACACUAGCUGGUUUCCUACUUUUGGGGAAUGCUUGGUAUAUUACGAACACAUAUGGGGAAUAUUAUCCUAUCGGGUGUACGGUACUGUGCUGUAUUCAUAUUUUCCUCUUUUUCAUUUUCAACUCGUUGACCGGGCUGCAUGCCGAUCGAAUUCGCCAACACACUGCAUUGAGCGAUUUUUUCAAAUAUGCUUGCGAUUCUGCAUCUACUGUCUGGCUGCUUAUGUUGACUACGUACUGCUUAGGUGCAUCAUUGGAAACACAGUGGUACGCAGUGCAGGCCAGUCAGCUGGUCCUGCUCCUCAAGCACUUGAGCGCCUUCAAACGGCACGCUGGCUUGCGUUAUUCGCCGACAGCAGGACCUGGUGAAGUCCUGAUGACAUGUAACACUUUGCUUGUUGCCCGGGUGGUGUUGGGUUUAGACCAUUUGCAGCAAAUAUACGACAAAGUCAUGUUCUCGGUCAUGGGUAUUUUGGAUAUGGAGUACGAACUGACUGGGGGGGAACUGGUACGAUUGACAUACUAUACCUUGUUUGUCGCAUCCGUCGUACAAGCAUUGCGCUUGCAAGAACCCCACGGAUGGACCAGAUUUGGCCUCACUUCCAGUUUAAUGAUGCGCCUGGUACCAGCUCUUCUUCUUCAAUGGGAUGUGUCGUUUCCUUUGAUCGUCAUGGAUGUUGUUUGCGACGGCUUCUUCCUGGCGGUCCUCACGAGCGAUCUUAUCCUUGCAAAAAUGUCGAAUCGUGAAUUGCAUGCAUGGGUAGUCUUGAUGAGUUUGGCUGCGGUUCUGAGUUACUCAACUAUUCUAAUUCUUGUGGCGGUGUAUUAUGUCGCUGUUUUUUCAGACCUGUGCUUCUAUCUGAAUCUUCCGCUACUGGCAACAUGUCGGAAUGUUUACUGCGAUGGCAUUUACGACUUGUGUCAUAUUGGACACAAACGAGCAUUCCAAAAUGCACUAAGUUUGGGGAAUCGCCUACUUGUGGGAGUGGUGGGAGAUGAGGAUGCGUCGCAUUAUAAGCGCCCACCGGUCAUGUCUCACGCCGAGCGCUGUGCGGAGGUGGAAGCAUGCAAAGCUGUUACCAAGGUAAUUCAGAAUGCUCCUUGUUUUGGACUGACUCAAGCGUUUCUAGACGAGCAUCAAAUUCAUGUCGUUGCCUUUGGAGAGGAAUAUUUGACGAAGUACAAGAACCCUGACGAUGAUCCCUACUACGGAUACGUAAGAAAGAUAGGAAUUGCCUACCCACUACCAAGAACAAAUACCCUGAGCACAACAGAUCUUAUUGAACGCAUUCACAAAGCCUCUCUGGAGAAAAACUCGCCGACUUGAAUAUACACUGAUGCAGAAUCUUGUCGAUUAAUGUAAAUGUGUUCAUGUGCAGUC